UUGAUGAAUUGUGUGUUUAAACAGUCUGAGCAGCUCUCUCUGGGUCUGGGGCAGGUUGUCGCAUGACGAGGAGCGUGAGGAGGCGUGGCCUAACUCCUCUCAGGUGUUUUAGUGUGCAGGUAAGACGCUUCUGUCACUCAGUCAUCUCUCAAAGCCGGGCUGAGCCUAAGCCUCGGAAAAAAUGCUGUUUACAUGAACCUCUUCACGCUGUGGAUUUUUGCACGGUCGGGAGCGGAUUUGACUGGAGCAGCAGAGCAGCAGCAGGAGCACCUCGGUUCUACAGGACCUGAAGGAGAACCAAGCUUCUGAAGGAGAACUGUGAGUUCAGCCAGCAUGGCUGCUAUUUAUCACCUAUUAAAAUAUCUGCAACUUCGGGCAGAAACCUGCUGCUCCUGAUCCGAAGAAAGCGAAACUCAACUUUCACAUUCGCCAAAAACCACAGGUACCUGACACACCUGUGCCGCUCGGUACGCCAGGUAAGGUCAACAACGCCGACGCAGACAGCAGCAAACAGCAAAGAGUAAAACAAAAAAACAGAAAUACAGAAAGAAGAUGCCUGUCGUCAAAGUGGAGAAAGAUUCGCCGCCGUCUACUGACCUCAAACCUCAAACGGUUCUACCGGCAGCGACUGACCCGCAAUCAACUGACCCUCCCAGGGGGCGACGGAGGAAACGACCCUUGCAGAGGGGUAAACCCCCAUACAGCUACAUCGCCCUCAUCUCCAUGGCCAUCGCCAACUCCCCAGACCGCAAGCUGACCCUUGGCGGCAUCUACAAGUUCAUCACGGAACGCUUUCCCUUCUACCGGGAGAACUCCAAGAAGUGGCAGAACUCCAUCCGCCACAACCUGACGCUCAAUGACUGCUUCGUCAAGAUACCCCGGGAACCCGGGAGACCGGGCAAGGGCAACUACUGGGCUCUGGACCCCAACGCAGAGGACAUGUUCGAGAGCGGAAGCUUCCUGAGACGCCGCAAGCGCUUCAAACGCUGCGACUUCACCACAUAUUCCUCCUACAUCCACGAGUCACCCGUCUUCUCGCAAGUCCAGAUCGCUUGCCCCACCUACGCCGGGUCCAUCUACCCAAGCAACCACCCGUACGGGGCGCAGCUUUCCUCACCCUACUACCCUUCGUCCUCUUGCACCUUCGGCUCGGCGCAGUCCAGAGUCUUCAGCAUCAACACCCUCAUCGGAUCCCACGGCGGCCUGCCGCAGAGUCCGGAGCUUCCCGGUCAACAGACAUGCCGCAGCUUCAGCCCCAACGACGGCGGGCCAGGGUUCCAGAUGCAGCCGUGCAACGGAUCUGCGGUUCUUUCACGCAGGUCCACUUCUUCAGGUCACGCCGGGUUCACGUACCCCAAUCCUGGGUCUCACGGAUACGCCACUCAAGCGCAGGGACCGUACGGCGCCCAGAACGGCAGCGGUCAAGCGUACGCUGCCAAUGGACGACUAGGAGUCGCAGGGUCGCCUCCGAUGACCGGAGAUGCGAUCUGUGAUCCGUACGGCCGAGCUUCGCCCGGACAGAUCGGAUCUUUCGGGCAGUACAACACCACCACCUGCAUGACCGGCGGCUCUGGAGGGUACCUGCGGCACUCCUCGUACCCCUCCAGCAUGGACAGGUUUGUGUCUGCGAUUUGAAAUCAAUCUGAACUGUGAACGUGCCAAGAAACAAAUAAUUUAACGAACAGUUUGCAGCACUUGGAUCACAGACAGUUUGUUCUUGUAAAAUAAUGGACAGAGAAAAAAUGCUGAAUGACCGUUUCUCAAAGUGACGAAAUUGAAUGCAUGAAAUUUACCUAAUUAUUUAAGGACUUUUUUUUAAAACAAAUUGGACUGGAAUAUUUUGGACAGGUAACAGGAAAUGAUCUGAAAUGUUCUGGAACUGGAAUAUGUUCUGGAAAUGGGUAACAAAUGUUCCUAAUGUUACGUUAUUGAUGUUUCGUUAUAUUUAAUAAUAUUGCAGAAAUGUAUCUCAGGUCAUAUAUAAACUAGAUUCAUCUCACUGUCUUAAUUAAAGAAAGUUUUUGGGCAAAUAUUUGCAAAAACACAAAAAAAACGCACACAAAAAAACCCACAACAACAUUACUGAUGUAUAGACUACAGAAAACUAGCGACACCUUGACCGUCACUGUUUGUGAGCCCUUUUGUUGUUGGUGUGAAAUUGUGUUUAGGUGUGUUAAAUUGUGUUUCUGUACAGUUGUUUUGUUGAUUUCUGCGAAAGAAAAAAAAAAGAUUUUUCGCUGCUGUCAGAGUUGUACGAUUUAUUUUUGUCUUUGUUCAGAAUUUUCUUUCAGUAACUAAAUAUUUACUGAAAAGAACAAUGAACCUCAUUCAGCAAAACAGAAAAGCUAAGAAUUUUCUAAAAUAAGUCAUUGAAAAAAGUCGUAACAGAGGUUUUUAAAUGAAAUGUAAGAUUUACCAUGUUGAUCACAGAUCUGCUCUAACUGUUUGAAUUUGAUCUCAUUGUCCACCUAACUGAACAGAAAAUAUAGUUUUAAGAGGAAAUUUGCUCUUAAGAACAGAAAAACCCUGUCAAUGAAAUCCACAUAUAUAAAAUCCUCCCUAUUUGUAUCAUUUGCAUAAUUGAAUUUUACUAUUGCAUUUACAUACCAUUCUAUUUAUUUAUUACCAUUAUUAUUUUUAGGAAAAACACUGUUUAGUUUUUAAGUUCCAAAGUUGGAUUAUUUAUCUACAAAAAAAAGUCAUAAUAUCAGAAUUCCUAACAUUUUCUUAAGACUUUUGAAGACACUAUGAUUUUGUUUUCAAGUUAAUUGUAACAAAACCUAUUUAAUCUGCAUAUUAAAAAUGUAAGAAAAACAAAAUCAAUCGUUUAAAAAGUUAUAAAAAGUAAAAAAAAAAAAAAAAAAACUGUGUAACGUGUUAAAAAGAGCGAUGAGUAGUAGUAGUAUAUGAUGUGUUUAAAUUACUUAAAGGAAAUGUCGUAACAGCCUACAUCAAAUGUAUGUGUUUAUAAACCACAAAAUUGUGUACAACUCUGAUCUUAUAACUGUUAUAUUUUCUCAAAUGAGAAAAAAACUAAAAAAUUAGAAUCUAAAUAAUAUAUUUAUAAAAAAUUACAUCACUGCUAUAAAUAAAACCCAAUAAAGUUUGCCAUUUAAAUGAGUUUAGAAAAAGUUCAACUAGAAAUAGACUAGUGUUUUUUUGUUUCUUGUUAAAUAACUUUAUAAAUAAAUAUGUUUAUGUGAAUUUAUACUAUACAUAAAGAAGGAAAUUGGUCUCUAGACACAUUUUUUUGUUGUUUACUUGAUAAAACAGCAUGUUCCUCCAAACAUUCUGCAGUUAGACCACAGUUAUUGGCAAAUCUGGUUUCUCAACUACAUUAAAGUUAAAACGGUUUAACUCUGUAUAUCCCACAAAAUAUACAAUGUUUCUUUGAAAAUAAAAACCCUAAU